UGGGAGCUGGGGUAUUUGAGGGGUGAAACGUUUUCUUUCUCAUUCAAAUUCAGAAGAUAACUUUCAGUUCCUGAUUUUCUCUGUGGAGUUGGAAUGCAAAUAUGCAUUUUCUAUUGUAUAAAAAGAGAUAGGUAACAUUUAAAUAAAACAGCAAGUUCCAGGUGACAUAAGGGAUGACGUAGCUGAUCUGUGUCUUAUUUGGAACAUUGAGUCCUUCCAGGCUCCAGCCCUUCACUUCUCCUUGUGAGUAGUUCCAGUUGUUGACUUUGUUCCUGACUUCCAAAUCUGAAAUUAAAUCACUUGAGAAUUAAACAUGUCAAGCUCUCAGUGCUUUGAGAACCCACCAAAGCUGAACCCCUCUUGUGGCUCAGGCACAGUUCAAGAGUUUGGUGGCCUCAAAACCUAUGUCACUGGUCCUCCAGAUUCCACACUUUCCAUCCUUCUCAUUUCUGAUAUUUUUGGGUAUGAAGCUCCAAUAUUGAGGAAGCUUGCAGACAAAGUUGCAGCUGCUGGAUUCUUUGUAGUGGUUCCUGAUUUUUUCUAUGGCGAUCCUGUUGACUUAGAUAAUCCUCAAUUUGAUCGAGACGCAUGGAGAAAAGUUCACAGCACAGACAAAGGAUAUGAGGAUGCUAAACCAGUAAUUGCUGCUUUAAGAAGUAAAGGGUUGUCUUCCAUUGGUGCUGCAGGUUUCUGCUGGGGAGGGAAGGUAGUAGUGAAACUAGCAAGCUCUGAUGACAUUAAGGCUGCAGUUGUGCUGCAUCCUGGUCGGCUCACCAUUGAUGAAAUUAACGAGGUGAAAGUUCCAAUUGCAUUUUUGGGUGCUGAGUUCGACCAUGCUUCACCACCAGAGCAGCUGAAAGAGUUUGGAGAAAUUUUGUCCAAAAAAUCUGAGUCUGAAAGCAGUGUGAAAAUAUUCCCAGGUGUGAGCCAUGGAUGGACAGUGAGGUACAAUAUUGAUGAUGAAUCAGCUGUGAAGAGUGCUGAAGAGGCUCAUUGUGACAUGUUAAAUUGGUUCACUAAAUAUGUCAAGUAAAAAGUGCAUUAAGCAAAGACGGUCAAAAAAGAGGCUCAAAUUCAGAACCCCAUGUUCUGAAAUGUUGUCAAUACCGCUCAGUUCAUUGAUAAAGAGUUGUUUUUUUCUUUAUAAAUCACUUUGGAGACAUGCCUUGUUCUUUGAUGCAUGCCCAGAGUGAAUUCGGAUUUGUGGAUCUAAUAAAUUUUAAAUACUUUUAAAAAAAGUUAAUAUAUAAAAAAAUAAUUUAUAAAAUUGUUUUC